CGGCGGAAACUGGCGCAAGCAAGAUGGCCUCCACCAAGCGUGUGCUGUACGUGGGUGGGCUAGCAGAAGAGGUGGACGACAAGGUUCUUCAUGCUGCCUUUAUCCCUUUUGGAGAUAUCACAGAUAUUCAGAUCCCUCUGGAUUAUGAAACAGAAAAACACAGAGGAUUUGCUUUUGUUGAAUUUGAGUUGGCAGAGGAUGCUGCGGCAGCUAUCGACAACAUGAGCCACAAAGAUAACCAAAGCAGCUGCCAGCGUUUGAAGGAUAGACUGAAUUUCUUAACUUGUGUGUGUGUGUGUGUGUGUCUUUUCCUUCCAGUUUGGUCAGAUGAUGACUGGUUGAAGAAGUUUUCUGGGAAGACUCUUGAAGAGAAUAAAGAAGAAGAAGGACCCGAGCCUCCCAAAGCAGAAACCCAAGAGGGAGAGCCCACUGCACAGAAAGCCCGGUCAAAUCCUCAGGUGUACAUGGACAUCAAGAUUGGAAACAAGCCAGCGGGGCGCAUCCAAAUACUCCUGCGGUCUGAUGUUGUGCCCAUGACAGCAGAGAAUUUCCGUUGCCUAUGCACCCAUGAAAAGGGCUUUGGCUUCAAGGGAAGCAGCUUCCACCGCAUCAUCCCCCAGUUCAUGUGCCAGGGUGGUGAUUUCACAAAUCACAACGGCACAGGGGGCAAGUCCAUCUACGGAAAGAAGUUCGAUGAUGAAAACUUCAUCCUCAAACACACAGGACCAGGCCUCCUUUCCAUGGCCAAUUCUGGGCCAAACACCAAUGGCUCCCAGUUCUUCCUGACCUGUGAUAAGACAGACUGGCUGGAUGGCAAGCAUGUGGUAUUUGGGGAGAUCACGGAAGGCCUGGAUGUCUUGCGGCAGAUUGAGGCUCAAGGCAGCAAGGAUGGGAAGCCAAAGCAGAAGGUGAUCAUCGCUGACUGUGGCGAGUACAUGUGACGCUGCGCGCUCUGCUCUCGCCUCUGUAAGACGUGGAGCGGCCUGGCCUGGGGCCCUGGUGCUGAGUGGUUUCUGUGAAGCAAGCUGUGUGUGGCCCAAGCCUCUCCUCAGGGUCAAGUGACUUAGCAGCAGCUCGCCUGCAGUGCCCAAGGUUUUCUUCAGACAUGGCAGGGCCUAAAAGCCAGCAUAGGCAGUGUGCUGCCACCGCCUGUCUUAGGCUGUCUGUAGUUGCUGGGUGGCUUCUUUGCUAAAAUAAACUGGUUUUUGCCUCCA